UAUGUUUCUAUUGUUUAAAAUUACCUAAAUGGAGGCUGAGUAGUAGUAGAACCUUCCUUCAGAAAAUUAUAAACUCUAGAGACUAGAAAGUGUUUCAGUUGAAGUUCUUGACUACUAGAGGCUAUACAGUAGUACUACUAGAAUUCAUUCAUUUCAAGAUACCUACUUUUCUAUAUAGCUCUAUUACAAAGUCCUACUUAUGAAAAAUAAAACUCUCAUAUUUCUGAACCAGAAAUUAUAUGGUUUCCCAUUAUAGAAACACUUUGGUCAAGUGGGACAUUGAAGAGCUCGGAUCAAUUUGAGGAUUUUUCAGAAUUAAAUUUGCAAAAUACUUUUCUGGUUGUCAUUAGCAAAACAAGUCUUUGGCAGGGAUAGGAGAAAGACAGAGAACACUCUGGUUAGGCUUAGAUUCUCUAGGCAGUUCAUUUCUCAAGCUUCAUAAUUUCUGCUAAUUUCCCAGAAGAGAACAACUUUCAUUGCAAGUUAAGAACCAUUUUCCCCAAGAGUCAAUUCAAGGCUCAAAUCAAAUAUGGGAUCCAAGCAUGGCAAUCAAUUGACUUCUUACCUAACUUUGAUGAUGAUGGUGAUGGUUUCAGCCUUAAGUGUCCCAGAAAUAUCAGCACAAAAUAUAUUUACAUUAAGUAGUUCUGAACCCUCAGGAAGUAGUUUGAUUGAUCAGAGAAGUAAUGUAUCUGAUCCCAUGGAUCAGCCAGAUGAUACAGUGAGGGUGGAUCCACUAGAUCAUUUUAAAAAAUACAGAAGAGGAUACGACAUUACCAACAAGCAUUAUUGGAGUUCAACUAUAUUUACAGGGGUUUAUGGAUAUGUCCCAGGGUUGCUAUGGCUUGUGUGUGGAAUUCUCUAUGGAAGUUUUUCAUUAGCAAAAAUGGUAUGGUACAGAAAUAGAAAGAGUGAGAAGCUGAACAAAAGAUCACCAUGUCACAGGCAGUGCUACCUUUGGCCCAUCUUACUGGCUAUUUUCUUCACACUCCUUGCCAUAGUGACAUCUGGUGUAGUACUUGGAGGGAAUGCUAGAUUCCAUUCAGAAGCAAAAACAGUAGUGGACAUUGUCAUAAACACAGCGAAUGAAGCAUCGGAAACCAUUUACAACACAACUGGAGCAAUGAAAGUUGUUAGAGAUAACUUAGAAGCUUCUGGUAUAAACAAUGAAGCUGAAGUCUUCCUUACCUCCACAUCCCAGGAACUUGAUCUUGAAGCUGCAGAUAUUUACAGGCAGGCUAAGAAGAAUAGACAUAAAAUUGACAAAGGUCUAAAGAUAGUUUUCAUAGUAACCACUAUGACUGUUACCCUGAACCUGGCUGCAGUGAUUGCUCUAUCAAUCUCUGGAAUUCUGAGGUUGCAGCGCGCACUUCGCCUACUCAUCAUGCUAUGUUGGUUCCUAACUGUUUUGUGCUGGCUGUUCUUUGGGAUCUACUUUUUCCUAAACAAAUUUGUUGGUGAUACAUGCACAGCUCUUGAGAAUUUCCAAAGAAAUCCCUAUAACAAUAGCUUGAGCUCUAUCCUGCCCUGUGAUGAACUAAUCUCAGCAAGAUCUGUUCUACACGACGUCAGUGCAGGGAUCCACAACAUUGUUAAUGAGGUGAAUGCAAACAUAUCAGUCAUGCAAUCAUCAAAUGGUAUUUCUAUCUGCAAUCCAUUCUCGGAUCCACCAGCAUACCAGUACCAGCCCGAAAACUGCCCAUCUAACACAAUAAGAAUAGGAGACAUCCCAAAGGUGCUAAAGGUAUUCACCUGUUCAGAUGCAAACAGCAUGACAUGUGGAAAUGGACAAUUCUCCAUAUCCGACAGUGACUACCAAACUGUGGAGUCUUACACAAAUUCAAUACAAAACCUACUAAAUGCUUACCCAGGCAUGGAGAACCUGGUGGAAUGUCAAUUAGUGAAGGAUGCCUUUUCUGAGAUCCUUGUCAAACACUGCAAGCCCAUGAAGAAAUUCGUUCACAUGGUUUGGGCAUCAAUGGUGUUACUCUCAUUGAUAAUGGUGAUACUGGUCUUGUUAUGGACAAUAAGAGAUCAUCAUGAGAUUAGCCAUCAUUUUUCAGAUGGGGGUUCUGUGGGACCCCAUUCUUCACCAGCAGAUAUGCUCGAAUUAGGCAAUGCUACUAAGCAAGUUAAAGAUAACACAAAUCAUACUUCAAUCUGACAAACCAAAGUUGGAAAAAUAAGACUUUAUAAGGUAAGGUAAAAGACACAAACAUUGUACAGUACAUAUUAUAUAUAGAGAAAACACAAUAUACAUUGGCAGAGAAAAUCUCUGCCAAUAAGGGAAAGGAAAAUGGUUGAAUUUUUUUGUGGUGUAAAAGUGCUGGUCAAUUCUUUCUUUCUUUCAAUACAAUUUAGUGAAAGGUCAUAUAGUCAGACUCAGAGCCAGCCAGGGGAACCAACCCCAUAAACUGGAACUGGAAAGAAUAUGUAUGAAUAGUUUUCAAGAAAUAAUAGCAAAUGUUACUAAAUUCUUGUA